CCCAUCUCACAUCUUGAUAUAAGGUACUUCAGUCCAGCUUCACCCAACCAGUGACAGGACUCAAACCCAUCCCACAAACAACCCAGAUGCGUCCGGAUACACGCCAAAAGGCCCUGACGCAACCGACCCCGUGAAUGGACGCUCUCGGCUUCUCUCGCUCGGCGCGUCGCUCGACGGCCGGGCAGACGGUCCUGCUGCAAACACUCGCAUGCUCCAACACCGCAACGCCCAGCUUUCCUCUAUGCAGCGGAACCCUUGCCUCCAACUUCUUCGACGAGGAAAUCCUCUUCUCCAUCGUCCCCUGCUCUAUCGCCAUCCUCUGGGGCCUCCACCGAUGCCUCCGGCUGUGGAGCAAGCCCGUCGUGUCCCAGGGCUCGGUCCUGGCCUCCCGCCACCUCGCCGGCUGCAUCGUCCUCGCCGUCGUCCUGUUCCUCCUGUUCCCGUCAUCGCUCGCCGUCGCGCCGGCCGCAGCCGCUCUCGUAUCCGGGCUCAUCGGAUACCGCCGGCCGACUCCUGGGCCGGAAUCACCUCAGGGCUCGCGUCUCCUCACGCGCAAGAUGAUCCUCUGGCAAGCCCUUCCGGCUUUCCAGCUCGCCGCCUUGCUCUUCCUGGUCUGGAUUACUACUACAAACACCCCUCCUGACGCAACCUCGGGCAUCACCGUCGCAUCUUGGUCCCUCUCCCUCGCCUCCAGUCUCCUGCUCCUCCUCGUAUCCCGCCUGGAGCACAGCAAGUCCCGCCCCCCUUCCGCACUCCUGCAGACGUUCCUCCUCGUCACGAUCGUCCUGGACGCGGCCCGCUUCCGGACCGCCUGGUUCUCCGCGGGCGGACCCGUCCACGACGAGGCCAGACAGCUCCUCCCGGUCCAGCUAAUCAUCAAGAUCCUCCUGCUGAUUGCCGAGUCGGGCUCCAAAGCCGCCGUCAUUGCCAUCCCCGCGCGCCGCAUCUCGCGCGAGGAGGCGUCCGGCAUCUUUGGCACAGCCUUCGCGCUCUGGAUCCUUCCGCUGCUGUCGUCCGGCUGGCGCAAGGACCUCACCGUCGACGAUCUGGAGCCGGUGGACGAGGCUCUCUCGAGCGAAAGGGUCCUCGACAAGCUGUCCUCGGCAUGGCAGAAAGCGGACCCGGACCGAAGUCAUGCUCUCGCGCUGGCCGUAUUGCGUGCGUUCUGGGUCGAGGUUCUCAUCAUCCACAUCCCACGCCUCGCUGUCGUCGGCUUCGGCCUCGUGCAGCCGCUGCUGGUACAGACGACGAUCCAGUAUAUCCAGAACCACGACGAAGACGGAACCGCCGACGCCUCCUUCGGCUCAUGGCUCGUCGCCGCUUUCGCCGUGACAUACCUCGGACUCGCCAUAUCCACCCAGCUCUGCGGCCAGCUCACCAACCGCCUCAUCACGCGCCUCAGGGGCUCUCUCGUCGCCCUCAUCUACCAGACCAUGCUCUCCCUCCGCGCCGAGACGGGCACCUCGCAGGCGGCCGUCUCGCUCAUGAGCACCGAGGUCGAGCGCAUCAACGUCGCUGCGCAUUGGUCCUUCUCCAUCGUCCCGAACCUGCUCCAGCUGGCCGUCGCGCUGCGCAUCCUCACCGGCCAGCUCGGCGGCGUCAGCGUGGCCCCCGUCGUCGUGGCGAUCCGUGAGUCGAUGUUCCUCCCUCUAUUUCCAUCUCUAUAUCUCCCUCCACCCUUGUUCUGCGUUUCCGCCGGCGUGAGGGUCGGCCAGCUCGUGCCCCCGCGCCAGCGCCGGUGGAUGCAGGCGAUCCAGAGACGCGUCGGCAUCACCACCGACAUCAUCGGCUCCGUCAGGGGCGUCAAGAUGAGCGGCCUGUCCGCCAUCGUCCGGGACCAGAUCCAGGGCCUGCGCGAUUUCGAGCUCGACGAGUCCAAAAGGUUCCGCAGGAUGCAGAUCGUCAACGUCGUCAUUGGUUCCACCGUGAACUCUCUUGACAUCCCUGCCCCUCUCUUUGUUCGGCCUAACCCCUUUCCAGGACAAUUCCCCUCCAUCAUGACGCCCUCCAUCACCUUCGCCGCCUUCGCCGUCGUCCAGAAGCUGUCCGGCGGCCCGCCCCUGAACGUCGUCCAGGCCUUCACCUCCCUCAGCCUGCUCGGCAUCCUCAUCAGCCCCGUCACCGAGCUCGUCAUGAUCCCCAACAACCUGGGCUCCACCAUUGGGUGUCUCGACAGGAUCCAGGAGUUCCUCGUCAGGGAGAAGCGCGAUGAAAUCCGCCGGCUCACGCCCCGGAGAUCCCCAAUACGCGGUCAAGACGGAGAGACGACGGAAAGCCCAGCACGGUCUCAGCCGCUGAUCACCGUCUCGGACGGUUCCUUUGGCUGGCGCGCCGCCGAGCCGAUCCUGCACGGCCUGAACCUCGACAUCUGCCCCUCGACCCUGACGAUCCUCGUCGGCCCCGUCGGCUCCGGCAAGUCCACGCUGCUCAAGUCCCUCGCCGGCGAGACCCACCGCAUCGCCGGAAGCGUCGAGUACCACACCGCGACCGCCGAUGUGGCGUACUGCGACCAGGACCCUUGGAUCCUCAACCAGAGCAUCAGGGACAACAUUUGCGGCGGCUCUGGCGCCGGUCACGAUCCGGACCUCUACGGCAAGGUCAUACGGGCCUGCCAGCUGGAGGAGGACCUCGGCCUGCUGCCCCAGGGCGACGAGACCCUCGUCGGGACCUCUGGCGCGGCCCUCAGCGGCGGGCAGAGGCACCGUGUUGCACUCGCCAGAGCUGUCUACAGUGGGAAGCAGGUCGUCAUCAUGGACGACAACCUCAAGGGCCUCGACUCGAACACGGCCUCAAGGUGCUUUCACGCGCUCUUCGGCCCGGGGGGACUCCUGCGCGGAAAGGAUAAAGCCGUCAUCCUCGCAACUCACAAUGCACAAUGGCUCCGUCACGCCGACACCAUCGUCGCUCUCGGCGCCGACGGCACCAUUUCCGAACGGGGCUCGUACGAGGAGUUGAGCAAGAACGGGGGUUAUGUCAGCUCGCUCCACGUCUCAGAGCAGAGCGGCCACACCGACAACACUGAUGGCGACGACGACAAUAAGCUUUCCUCUGAGGCAGUGCAACCCAAGCAACAGAAUGGCACGCAGAGAGACAAGCCCGUCUCGGCCGGCCGGUCGGGGUCCUCGCCGAGCCCCAGGGCCCGCGGCGCCGCCAACACGAGCUCCCUCUUUUACUACAUCAAAUCCAUGGGGAUCCCGUCGUUCGCGCUGUUCCUCGCCAUGGUGCUCAUCCAGACGUUCUGCAGGACCAUGCAGCGUCUCUGGGUCAAGUUCUGGGUCGCGGCCAACGAGGGCGGCGGACAGCAGAGCGUGAGCCUGUGGGCGGGCGUCUACAUCCUCUGGGGCGUCAUGACGGAAGUGACCUUCACGGCCGAGGUUUUCUGGUUCCUCGUCAUCGUCGUCCCCCACUCGGCCAAGGGGCUUCACUUCAGCGUCCUGAAGGCUGCGAUCGCCGCCCCGUUGUCGUUCUUUGUCAAGACUGAUACUGGCGUCGUCAUCAACCGAUUCAGCCAGGAUAUGAACCUCGUCGACCUGCCGCUCCCAAUCGCCUUCCUUCUCACAUUCGACAGUACGGACCUCCCCAUGCCUCCCGAGACCAUCUCACUCACGCCCGGUUGCGCUUUACUGACCCCAGCAGGCCUCACCCUAACCAUCGCAGACGUGAUCCUUACCUGUGUUGCAACCGGCUACCUCGCCCUCGCCAUCCCCUUUCUUGCCGCCGUCCUCUAUGCCAUCCAACGCGUCUACCUCGAGACUUCGCGCCAGGUCCGCCUGCUCGACAUCGAGACCAAGUCGCCCAUCUUCUCCCACUUCAUCGCCUCCUUCGCCGGCCUCGUGACCGUCCGCGCCAUGGACCGGACGGCCGAGUGCCAGGCCGAGAAUCUCGCCCGCCUCGACCUCUCCCAGCGCGCCUUCUACGCCAUGAGCAGCCUGCAGAGUUGGCUUCUCCUUGUGCUGAAUCUUGUCGUUGCCGGGCUCGCCGUCCUGCUCGUCGGCCUGGCCGUCGCUCUGCGGGACGCCAUCGACCCGGGCCUGCUCGGCGUAGCACUCGUCAGCGUCAUGGGCUUCGGACAGCUGCUAACGGGGCUGCUGAACAACUGGGCCACGCUGGAGACGAGCCUGGGCGCCGUCGCGAGGAUCAGGGAGUUCGAGGCGGAGACGCCGUCGGAGCAGGACAAGGACGGGGACACUCCCGUGGCCGUCGAGGAGUGGCCCAUCGAGGGGAAGAUCGACGUUAAGAACGUCUCGGCGGCAUACGACGACGACCACCAGGUUCUCGGCGACGUCACGCUGUCGGUCGACCCCGGCGAGAAGGUGGCCAUUUGCGGCCGCACGGGGAGCGGUAAGUCGACUCUCAUCGCGCUUCUUCUCAGGCUUCACGACCCGUCCAGCGGGACCAUCGAGAUCGACGGCGUCGACAUCGCGAGCGUGCCCAUCAACCAGCUCCGCGAGUCGCUGGUGGCGCUCCCUCAGGAUCCACUCUUCCUGCCAGGGACCGUCCGCCGGAACCUCGAUCCGUUCGACGCCCGCGACGACGACGCUGUUUGGACCGCCCUGGACAAGACAGGCCUCAAGGCCUUGUUUGAGGACAAGGGCGGUCUGGAGGCGGAUCUGAAGACGGAUUGGUUGAGCGCGGGACAGAAGCAGCUGUUCUGCAUGGCGAGGGCCGUUUUGAGGAAUAGUCGCAUUCUCCUCCUCGACGAGGCGACCAGCAGUUUGGAUCAGGCCACGGAACAAGUCGUCCAAGACCUAAUCCGGAGCGAAUUUCAAGGCUGGACCGUUGUCGUCAUUGCCCAUCGCCUGAAGGCCGUUGCCGACUUUGACAAAAUUGUCACGCUUCAAGACGGACGGGUUGUCGAGUUCGACCGCCCCGCGACGUUGCUCGAGAAGGGCGGCGUCUUUGCUUCGCUGUGGAAGCUCCAGGAAGGUUGAACU